AAUACCUAGUGAUAAGUCAAGGAAGAACUCACAAUGGAAGCGUGUAACAAGAUGUUUUCUUCUCUUUGGAAGGUUUCUGUCAGAAACUUACAUCAUAAUAUGAAACCAAAGAACUAUCCCAAGGUCAACUCAGAAGAUGUGGUAUUAAACCCACCAAGAUAUGGUUACAGAAAACAAAGAGAGCCAUUACUUUCUCAAUCAGUUACUGAUACCUUAUUGCCAUCGGAAGUUAUCCGUCAGAAAUAUAUUGAAGCAGGAAAACCUGCACCUAUCAAAUUCUUGCCUAAAAGUGACAUUAUUGCUAGAAAAAACUUGAUUCAGUUACAUGAACGAAUUGAAUUGGGCUUACCUCAUUUCAAGGUUGGUGGUAAGAAGGUCUACUUCCCCAAGCAAAGAAUCUGUCUUUUAAGACCAAACGCUAAACAAACACCGUACCAAGCCAAGUUUUUAGUCCCAAAGAAUAUGAACAGAUUGGAUUUAAGAGAUUAUUUGUGGCAUGUAUAUGGAUUAAGAGCAUUGAAUGUUACCGUACAGUUAUUACAUUCAAGAUGGCAAAGAGGUCAACAUGAUCUCGGCCGUUACAGAGGUCCCCAAUUGAAGAAGAUGACUAUUGAUAUGGCUGAACCAUUUGUCUGGCCCGAAGUUCCUAAGAAGAUUGUCGAACAACAACAAGAACAAAGAGAGGUUCAAUUCGCCCUUGCACAACCAAAGACUGGAUCUGACGAAAAGAAAGUUUCUGACUUGUAUGAUGGCUUAUACAAAGGUAAUCCAUUACCAAAUGCUUUUGUUCCUGCUAACUUUAGACGAACUGGUGCUGGAGAACUUGGUCAAUAUAAGAAACAAGUUGCAGGCAAGCCAGACAGAGAUUUGGUUUCUAAAUACUUGGGUUUGUAAAUAGUAUAGACGUCAACGUCUACCCCCCACCACCACCACCACCACUCUUUUUGUAUAUAGAGUUAUAUUAACACAAAAUUUUAACAAUUACUUUUCAACAAAAAAAAUACCAUAAUUAAACAAUUCUUAUAAGAAAUAUACAAAUUGAACUUCAAUUACUCUAGUCAUAUGACAAUGGUAAAUAGUGAAGCGUAUCCUCUACCAAAGGAACCCUUUUCGUUUAGUAACCGUGGUGCCUUCUUUAGUUGUGGCUUCCUCCCCAGCAGAUGAAGUUUCAAUGAUAUCAAAUUCAUCAGCCACUUUCUCUUCCACGCCUUCAGUAGGUGUAGCAGUCCCUGUUCCCCCACCAGUCCAUUUGUUCUUCAUAUUCAUUACCAUCACAAACGAGCUAUCUAAAAAUCCCGGUUCCGAAUAAUUGCUAGCCUUGCUAACUUCGGGGUUAAUAUAUCUUGAUACAAUUGGUAAAUACUUGGUAGUCUCCUUCAAAUGUAACGAUUGUAUUGGAUCAUUUAUAACUUCAUUGAUCUUAUCCCUAUUGUGUUCUAUCCAGGGUUUAAUAUACCUGAAAAACAAGAAUCCGGCUCCUGAUUCAGUAAACUUUUUCCAUUCGUCAGUAUUAUCAAACCUUGAAUCAAUCUCCAUUUGGCCCAGUGAAAGGGAUAUCAUAGGGAAGAUUAACCAAAGACUAAAUCCCAACUUUAAUAUUGAAUAUCCUGGCAAAAUAGUAUUUAAAAAUAACAAGUUUUCAAACAAGGUUGCGACUGAAAUCACAAUCCAAUAAAUGAACCAUUUCUGAAUGGAAAUCAAAUGCCUUUGUAACUCCAAUUCAGGUGUGACUUUCAGCUCGGUAUCGCCUGAAGUCUUGUUGUCUUCGUUACUACCAGUAGUUGCUUUUAACGUGUCAAAGAGUAAUCCGAGUGGGACGGUCACUCCUGCAAUUUUCAAAUUUUGAGAAGCAAUUGUACUGGCAACCCUAGUAUAAUUGUCAUAUGCUCUGCAUGACGCGACAACUGGAUAUACCGUGUUAAUCAAGAGACUAGAAAGGUGUUAGUAUUGUAAGUGUAAUAAGUGGCGAUGGCAAAAAAAUUAUCACAUGUAUAGGGGAUAGGGAGGGAUUUUGCCAUCGAACUGUACAACUCGAGUCAAGAAUAGAUUAUGUGUGUAGUGUAAUCAUUCAUGGCCAUUGAGCAUAUCUGAAUGUGUAUGACAUACCUUAACAAUGUGAAGAAGCCCAUCAUUCAACCUUGGUAAGAUAAAAGUACGAUAUCGAGUUUAAUGUAAUAAUAAAGGAAUGGUGCGAAUAGUGCUUAGUAUUUUCUCCUGGUCUGGACCCUUAGAUUGAGUAUAUGUUUUGACGUAGGUGUGUUGGUAUAAGCUAUUGGUAAUUCUAAAGGAUUAGUUGAGGAGCGAUAAUAACAAAAAGAAAAAGGUAUUCGGAGUUACUACGAGAAGUUUACAAAUAAGAAUUUAGUAUCAUCACAAAUUAUCGUUACUAGAAAAAUAAAUUGCCCCCUCCCCCAGAUAGAACCUAAAACAAAUUUAGUACGUGUAUUUAAGUGAUAAGAUAAAGACACAGAAAAAAAAAACUGCAUGUGGGUGUGACUAUUUAACCGAAGGGUAUAGUCAAUAUCCAUUACACACAAAAAAAAAUAACAAUUGUUCAUAUGAGUUUUAUAAUAGUUUGUAAGAGAAAAAUAAGCAAACACUUAUUGAAAGUCAAAAUGGUAACCACGCUCUUCUAAUUGUUCAAUGUUCCACUUCCAAGUCUCUUCAAUGUUACUUUGCUUAGAAGCAACAGAACUUGGGGUAUCUGCAAUUCCUCCAGUAGUAAAGUAAUUUCCAUUGUCCUUGAGUGUUAAUUCUGGGUCCAUUGCUGCUCUCAACGAGGCUAAUGAACCUUCUUCAUUGCUAACUCCUAUCGUUUUAUCUAAAACUGCAAAGGCGGCAUUAGUAACAUACUUCAACCCUGGGAUAUUUCUCCAAUGAUAAUACAAUUCUGUACCUAUUAUAACUCCUGGGUGAACUGAAAGUGAAAGAAUUUCAGGGUACUGUUUAGCUAAUGCCUUUGCACCUUGAAUUUGAGAGCCUUUUGAUUUAGCAUAUCUUAACCAGGUGUAGACUGAAUUGGGGAAGUUGUUAAAAUGGUGAUUUUGUGGGGCAAAAUACUUAAACUCGGCAUUAUGGCCAAUUGAAGAGACAUUUACUACUCUUGGUUUAUCGGUAGCUAACAAAUAAGGCACCAUCUUCAAAGUUAAUAAUAAGGGAGCGACGAAAUUAACUUGAUAUUGAAUUUCAUAGCCAUCUUUAGUUUCUUCAUAAGGAACACCCAUAAUCCCAGCAUUAUUAAUUAACACAUCUAAUUUGUUUUCCUUGGAUCCAAAAGUUUCCACAGCCUUGGGCACGGUUGAUAAAUCAGUUAAGUCAAUGUAUACAUAGUUCAAUUCUCCAAAAUGUCUGUUUUGUCUUUCCUCAGGGGUAUACUUUUCUCCUCUAGCCUUGGCCUCGGUUUUGAUAUCUUCAAUUGCCUUCACCACUUUGCUUUCAGUUCUACCUCCAACAUAAACAAUAUAUCCAUGCAAGUACAAAUGUAAGCAAGUAUACCACCCAAUUCCUGAGUUCCCACCUGUAAUAAAGACUACUCGUCUAUCCUUCUUAGGGUCUAAGUAAGGAGCAGUAGUUGGAUCAUAGAAUUUAGUUUGUUUGACCAUACUGUUAGUAAUAAAAGCCUUGAGUUAAGUUGGUUGUAGUUGAGAGGAAU